AUGGACUCUUUCACCAUUUCCCUCUUCCUAACACUUUCCUUCAUCGCUGCAGCCGCCGGACAAAACUCGCCACAGGACUUCCUGGGCGGCCACAACCGCGUACGAGCGGAGGUAGGCAUCCCUCCCCUCGAGUGGAAUGCCACCGUCGCUGACUACGCCCAGAAGCGGUCCGACGACUGCAACCAGGAGCUGUCAAUGGGGCCAUACGGCGAGAACCUGUUUAUGGGGCAGGGGCAGGUUUCCGCGGUGGACACCGUGAGCGUGUGGGCGAGCGAGAGGCCCAACUAUGACCACGCAUCCAACACCUGCAAAGGAGGAUCGUGCCUGCACUACACGCAGGUCGUGUGGCGCGCCUCCACUCAGCUAGGCUGUGCGCUGCAGCCGUGCCGUAACGGCUGGAUCUUCGUCAUCUGCAACUAUCAGCCGCCGAGAAAUUACGACGGAGAACGCCCCUAGGCCAGAAUGGAUCUACCUUAUACAUUAUAUAUAUGCUACAUUUUCUAAUACAUCACUGCAAAGUUAACAUCUGGAUCUCUCUUUAGGAUAAAAAACUAUUUCCAAUAUAAAUUCUCUCCUUCACUUUCUCACUCUACUAUUUAUAGCCUAAAUAAUUGUUAACAAAAAAUAUAGCCGGAUCAAAUUAUUACUUAUUUAAAAAAUAUAUAUCUAUGCAACAUAAUAUAAAUAUGUUAUUUUUAGAUAAUACUCCAAUGAUUA